AUGGCACCGCGCGCCUCUCCGCACAGCGACGACGAGCGCGAUACCUACGUCACGCAGCCUACGCAAAUCCUCGGGGAGCGCUCGCCCUUCUUUGCGGCGCCGUCUGAUACCACGCAGCCCACGCUCAUAGUCACGCCGCGCGCGCACCCAGUCCAAGCCACGGCUUCUUCCUCGCAAUUACAAGUCCCGCGUUCGUCACCCGCCCCUCAGCGCGACUCGUCGCCUGUCAUGUCGCCGCCGUCGCAGUCGCAACGCCCAUACGGGGGCUACAGCAACCCAAUGGCACCGCCUGGCACAGGCUUCUUUCCCCCACAAGCAGUCCGCAAACCAGUCGUCGACCUCACCUCGGACGACCCGCCUGUUGAGCGCGACCCAGACGAGGACGAGUCGGAGUAUAGGUCUAAUAUACCCUUGUCCAAGAUUGAGAUGGCAUCCAUGACAUCAAGGAUUGAAGAGACACCACAGAAGCCGACUUGGGAUCUGUCAAGUUAUAAAUACGGCAGCGACCAGUCGCGUAAACGACCAGCGGAACGAUUCGAGUCGAGUACACCACCUAAGCGACAGAAACCUAUGCAGCCGCAAGGGGGUCCUUCACGCGCCAUACCUAUAGACUUGACUGAAGACAAGGAGAUGACCAUGGAAGACAUCCAUGACUUGAACACGUACACUAAGGUCAAGCGGUUGCAGGCCAUGUACCCGAAACAAUCUGUCAAAGUACAAUUUGAUGCUUUGAAAAGGAGCAACGGCGACUGGAACGAAGCCUCCGAGUUCCUGCGCGAGAAACCGGAGAUGACCAUGGAAGACAUCCAUGACUUGAGCACGUAUACCAAAGUCAAGCGACUACAGGCUAUAUACCCGAACCGCUCUGUCAAGCAAAUUCACGAUGCUUUGACAAAGCGAAAAGGCAACUUCAAUGACGCCUCUGAGUAUCUGGCGGAACAGGAGUCCGAGGAUGAGCUGCUACGGUCUCCUCCUCGCCCAGGAGUAGCCCGUACAGCAUCAAAUCCAGUUGUAAAGAAGACGGCACAGCGAGGUCUUAAGCAGCCUGUGCAGUCGCUGCAGAACAAGUACUCGAAGUUAGGCGCGACUCAGAACAGCCCAGUCACGAUCGAUAGCCCUGAGAAGGAACCACCGAAACCAAAACGUCGACUCAAGAGCGGAAAGGACCGCAAGAAAGCCGCCUUCUCGCCCUCCCCCGAACCUGUACCCGCACGACCGCAACAGAAAACAAAGAAGGAGGCAGCGAUCGUUGUCUCCUCCGACGAGGACGAGGGUAUUGCUGCCGAUCUCAUGAUCGACGACGAUUCGGAAGCAGGUGGCUCGGUGGUGGAGAACAGCUUUGACGAUAGUAAAUUGUUGAACCUCUUCAACACUUGUACAGUGGAGGAGUUGAUCGACUUAUCCAGUCACAAAGAAGAGGACAUCAAGGAGAUCUUCAAGCAUCGCCCAUUCAAGUCGCUUGAUGCUAUUCGCAAGGUCCAUGUGGAUCUCACGCCAGUGGAGAAAGGCAAGAAGAAGUCUCGCAAGCCACGUAUAACAACCGGACAGCGACUUGUGGAAUCAACCGAGGCCAUGUGGAACGCAUACAACACGAUCGACUCGGUCGUUCAGCAGUGUGAGGCUCUGGGCAAGCCGAUGGUUGCGGGCAUGGCAAAAUGGGGCAUUGAUAUCUUUGGUGCUUCCACAGAGGAUGGAGUCGAGAUUACAAGUCUCGAUGAUGCUAGCGACACGAACUCUUCUCGCGACUCAGGUUAUCAUACCCCUCGGAGCCCGAAUGGCAGCGACACGGAGUCUAACAACAUACGAAAAGCGGCCACUCGUACAAAGCUUUUGACACAGCCUGCGAUUAUGAACGACGAUAUCGAACUCAAGGAUUACCAGGUUGUAGGUCUUAACUGGCUGAACCUCUUAUGGAAGACUAAAACCUCGGGUAUUCUGGCCGACGAUAUGGGUCUGGGAAAGACAUGCCAGAUCAUCGCUUUUCUGUCACACCUCAAAGAAGAAGGCGUCGGAAAGCCUGCGCUUAUCGUUGUGCCUGGAUCUACACUAGAGAACUGGUGUCGUGAGUUUGAGCGCUUCUCCAACACGAUCAACUUUACGCCCUACUAUGGAUCACAGGCGGAGCGGUUCUCUCACCAGGAGAGCAUUCUCCAAAACAUCCGCCAGGGAACGUGCGAUGUGAUCAUCACGACAUAUGACCUUACCUUUAGAAAGGACGACUCUUCGUUCUUGAGAAAGUGCAGGCCCGAGAUCUGUAUCUUUGACGAAGGGCACAUGCUCAAAAACGCCAACACGAUCCGGUACAAGAGCUUGAUGAAGAUUCCUACGACUUGCAGAAUCUUGUUGACAGGAACGCCACUUCAGAACAGUCUUCAGGAGCUCAUGUCGAUUUUGGGUUUCCUCAUGCCGCAGGUUUUCUAUGGCGAUCAGCAGGAGGAGGUUCAGGAGAUGCUGCAGAUUUUGUUCAAGCACAAAGCCAAGACUAUGGAGAGCGACUCGCACAGCUCUCUGCUUUCUGCUCAACGUAUCCAACGCGCUCGUACGAUGCUGACACCGUUUAUCCUCCGACGAAAGAAGGCUCAAGUGCUCAAGCAUCUACCGAAGAAAACUUCCCGUGUCGAGUACUGCAAUCUUACUGAUACGCAAAAGACGCUUUACAACGAGCAGUUGGCCAAGCAACGCAAGAUCCUCGAAGACCGAGCAGCAGGCAUACCCGUUAAGGACCAUGCUAACGUUAUGAUGAAGCUGCGACAAGCAGCCAUUCACCCCCUACUCUUCCGCCACCGAUACAACGACGACAAGAUACGGAAGAUGUCAAAGGCGUGUCUUAAAGAAGACAUGUUCGCCGAAAGCAGCCCAGACAUCAUCUACGAAGAACUCCAGCUAUACCAAGACUACCAAUGCCACCAGCUCGCCUCCAAGUACCGCGCGCUCAAGAAGUUCGAGCUCCAAGACCAGGAAUGGAUGGACUCUGGCAAAGUCGCCGCGCUCCUCGCUUUGCUGAAAAAGUAUAAAGAGAACGGCGACCGCGCUCUGGUCUUCUCGCAAUUCACAUCCGUCAUGGACAUUCUCGGCUGGGUCUUUGACGACCACGACAUCAACUUCAUGCGCAUGGACGGCUCCACACCGAUUCAAGAACGCCAAUCCCUCAUGGACGUAUUCUACCAAGACGAAUCCAUCCAACUCUUCAUGAUCAGCACCAAGAGCGGCGGCGCAGGUAUCAACCUUGCCUGCGCAAACAAAGUCAUCAUCUUCGAUUCGAGUUUCAACCCUCAAGACGACAUCCAAGCAGAGAACCGCGCGCAUCGCGUUGGUCAAACGAGGGAGGUUGAGGUCGUCAGACUGGUCACCAAGGGAACAGUCGAAGAGCAGAUCUACGCGCUCGGUGUAAGUAAACUGGAACUGGACAAGAUGGUCCAAGGUGAAGAGAGUGAGGAGGGCGCCAAGGGCAAGGGGAAAGGAAAGAAGAAGGAUGAGGCAGUUAGUGCGGCUGAUAGUCUGAGUAAAGCGGAGGAAGCGGGUAUUGCGGCUGUGGAGAAGAUGAUGAUGGCGCAGCUUAGUGCGCCGGCUGCAGAGGUGGAGAAGACGGCUGAGGCUGUGAGUGGUGAGGGGGAUGUUAAAGAGCAGUUUUUGAAUGGCUUGAAGAAGGCGGGUUUGGAUGUUGCUGCUUGA